GAGAAAAAGAGAGAGAGAGAAGCCAGCCGCAACCCCCCACCCCACCUCUCGGAUCUACUCCUAGCGGCGGAGAUCUGGGGUUAGAGGGUGGGGGCGGGGGAGGACACCGCGCGUCCCUACCGCCAGCCAGUUCCCCCGCGGAGGGAUAUUACCGUAAUGUGCGGGUGCGCAGCGAAAUAUCGAGAGUUAAGAAGAGGCGGCGCCGCGGACCGAAGGAUUCAGAACAGGCGAGCGCUGCCGGGAAGAGGUUGAGUUGCUGCUUCUGCUGCUUCGGAUCUGCGCGCCUCCCUUGCGGCGCUGGAUUGACUUCGGAGCCGCGCGGGCUCCAGCCGAGUGGAUUUUCGUCUCGCGUGGGAUCCUUUUUUCCCCCCACCCCCCAAAAACCAACAACAAUUCGUGGCUCCUGGACCAAGCAACAGAGAUCAUUGUUUUUCCUUCUAUAUUUAUAAUAAAUAUAUACAUAUAUAGGGUUUUUUUGUUCCUUUUCUCCUCCUCCGUUUUCGUCUGGGAUUCUCUGCUCGUCUCCGGGAACCAAUAUAUUUUUGGAGAGGGUGUUUUCUUCCAUCAGAGAGGGGGGGAAAAGAGAUCUGCAAGAUCCCCCACCACCCUCGACAGCUGCUUACAAGUCGCGAUCUCCGUCUCGGGAGAGCCUCCCUCGCUGGCCUUUCUCAACUGCGCUCAUCAGCUGUUUUUUGGGGGGAAGGGGGUGCUGUUCAUCGUCCUCCCCCCUUUUUUCCCUCCCCUCCUCCGUUUUCUGCCCAUUGACUUUUGACAACCUCGAGGGGAGCGGGGGGGCGUCGGAUCUCCGCAUCGCGGUGGUGGUUCCCCCCUUUUUUUCCUGCCCCCACCCCACCCUUCCAGCCGUUCCCCCCCUUUUUUUGGAAGAUGUUACUCUCCAAGUUCGGAUCCCUCGCUCAUCUCUGCAACCCAACCAGCAUGGACCACUUGCCCGUCAAGAUCCUCCAACCAGGUAAACAACCCGUGACAUUUGCUUCUCUCCCUUUUUCCCGGGGGGGGGGGUCGGUUUUAUUUUUAUUUUUUCUUCUGCGCGGGAAGAGAGAGAGAGAAAUGUAUGUGCUCUGUAAGCCUUCUGCGUCGCUGGGGCUGCGGCAGCUUUUCUGACCAGGAUCUCGGCAGUGGGGCUAGAUUUUCAGCUGUUUUGCGGGUGUAGAAACGUUCUCGCGGCUGGGUUUUAUGUGGUUUUUAUUUCACCCCACCCCACGUCGGGGGAUUGGGUUGGGGGCAUCCUUACCUAUCAACAUGGCUGGGAGCGGUGGCGUUUGGGGAUAAUUCCUCCCGAGAAUGCGAGAGGCGAAGGACACGUGAAACCCCUUCCCCACGUCAAACGGGCUUGUUUGCAACUGGCUUUCCUCCCUGCUGGAGUUUGUGGUUUGGGUGAUUUCCACUUGCGACCUUUCCGUGGGUGGCUCUUGUUUCGAGGACGGUUUCGGUGUGUUGUGUGUGUGUGUUUUUUCUCCCUGGAGUGAGAUGGCUCCCCUUCUCCCUAAGGUGCGCUCGGUGAUACAUCUAGACGUUGUCGCCCCCUUUCUAACCCCCCUUCUUGUUUCCUUCCCGCCUUUUAGUGAAAGUGGAGAAGGAGCCGUUCGAUAAGAUCUAUCAAGUGGGCUCCGUCUUGGGCAGCGGGGGAUUUGGCACCGUCUAUGCCGGGAACCGCAUCUCCGAUGGCUUGCCGGUAAGACGAGACUCCCGACCACGAGGCUUUUGUUGCUGCUUCCACCCCCGCAGCCCCCCCUCCCACCGUGCGUGGCUGGAAAUCCCGGCCACGGCCCCCCCCAGAGCGAGGCGAUGUCCCGUGCCACCCGACCGCCCCCCUAACCCCCUCUUUUUCUCCUCGCCCCCAGGUUGCCGUCAAACACGUCGUGAGGGAGAGGGUGACGGAAUGGGGCACGAUUGUAAGUAUCCCGAAUCACAAAAAAAAACCUUGUGCUAUCCCUUGCUCUGCUUUCCCCCCCCCUCUGCCCCCCUCAACUGCAUUUAUCAUGGAGGGCUAGCUAUUGUUUUGUGGGGGUCCCCUUUCCCCUCCCUCCAGGCUGCUGCUGCCGCCGCCACCAUCUCCUCCUCUCCGGCCUCUGUUAUUGUUUACGUUUUUUUCCGGGGAGGGGGGAGAUUUGGCGGGGUUUCUCCUCUUCCUCCCGCCCUCCCCUUUUGACUGCGGCAGGAGAGAGAGCAGUCUUUGGGCUUCCCCUUCGCUCCAGCCUCCCUGCUCUGCUGGAGUUUCCAUUUGCAGGAAGCCCCGCGAUUGGUUUUUUCAGAUGGCCAAGAAAGGGGGGGUUUCCCUUCCUUCCCCGCCUCCCCGUCUUGAUAUUCCGAAAGCUUCAUCAUGUCUUCCUUUUUUCCCCCUCUCUCCCUCUUCCCUCCUCCUGCCGCUGCUUUCAGGGUGGAGUUAUGGUACCCUUAGAGAUCGUUCUGCUCAAGAAAGUGGGGUCCGGGUUCCGCGGGGUCAUCAAGCUACUGGACUGGUACGAGAGGCCCGACGGCUAUUUGAUCAUCAUGGAACGGCCCGAAUUGGUGAAGGACCUCUUUGACUUCAUCACCGAGAAGGGAGCCCUGGACGAGGAGACGGCCAGGGGCUUCUUCCGACAGGUCCUGGAGGCCGUUCGCCAUUGCUACAGCUGCGGCGUGGUCCACAGAGACAUCAAGGAUGAGAACCUCUUGGUGGAUCUGAGGACAGGGGAGCUGAAGCUCAUCGAUUUCGGCUCCGGAGCCCUCCUCAAGGACACCGUCUACACGGAUUUCGAUGGUAGGCUCCCCCUCCCAACCAGAACCUCUCAAUCUCUCUCAAUUUCCUUCUCUCUCCCUCCUCUCUCUUAGUCACAUUUUUGCCACCUACCACCAACGAGAUAUUUCUGCUGUAGCAGCCAGUAACAGAUCUGGCAAUUAAAUCCUUCGCUCCAGUGGCGGCUUGUGGGGGGGCGUCGAGUUGCGUAGGAAGAGAAGCGAUUCCAGGCUGUGACGCACCACUUUAUAUAUAAUUAUAUUUUUCCCUGCCUUCGGAAGGAUAAAAAAGGCAUUUUCCUAGAGGGCGGCGUGUUUACGGUUGACUCAGGUGUUGCCUCUGCCAACCUUUCCAUCUGUGACCCUCUUGGGUUUAUAUAUCCCCCCCCCCUUCCAAACCCACCCACCCUUCCCCAUUCCUCUUUCCCAGACGAUGCUUUAGAAAAACCCUGCAUUGCAGAUUUGAGGAGGAGAGAGGGAGUUAUCCCUCCCUUCUUUCAAGUUAAAAGGAGACCGGGCUUCUCAAACUUACUGUUGCUGUUUUUCCCUUAUGGGUGGGGAAAGGGGUUUUGUUUUUUCCCCUCCUCCCUGGGGCGAAAGGGAGAGAGAUAUCAAUGGGGGGCUCCUUCCCUGCCCGCCUCUCUCUCUAGUCAGCUGCAGCAUUUAGCAUCUGUUUGUUGUGAAACCGGAGCCUCGUGGCCAUGUGACCUUCAUCAUCACGAAUGGAGGUUUUUUUUUUUAUUUGGUAUCCAAGUAACAGCUCAGAGCAGAGGGAGGGCAGUUGCUAGCAACCUCUUACGCAGAGAGGCAGAUUUCUCUGCUCCUUAAAAAAAAGAAUUAUCCUCAUUGAUUUAUUUUCACAAGGAAUGUGGCCGGUUUGAACGGGCUUUCGGAACCGAUCAAAGCCGAUUAGCUAUAUAUAGCAAGCGAGACCCAAGUUUCACCUUUUUUUCCCUCUGUUUCCCUUCCCUCCCCUUUCCCUUCUCUCCCUUUGUCCUUUGUGUCUAUUUUUGGUGCGGUACCGCAGACGCCACGUGCUCUGGGAAAGCGAGCUUUAUGUUAGUAAACAGUCAGCUGAUGGAGAUCUGCGCUAUCCGCUGUGAGGGAAUAGAACCACCUCGGGGGCCAGAUUAAAAUGUGACCUAAUACUAGGCAUGAUAUAAGCUCUAGAAUUUUCCAGCCUACGUGUGGCGUGCGUGGUGUGGAUUUUAAAACAAAAACGGGGCUCGUUUUUAAAAAUAUACGCACAUGCGCCCAGGUUGUUGCAUGAUCUCGACGGAAAGUUCAGCCAACGUAAAACAAAUCUCGCCAUCUUUUAUCACAGGGACACGAGUAUACAGCCCUCCGGAAUGGAUCCGGUACCACCGGUACCAUGGGAGAUCCGCCACUGUGUGGUCUUUGGGCGUCCUCCUAUACGAUAUGGUCUGCGGCGACAUCCCCUUCGAGCAAGACGAAGAAAUCUUGAGGGGAAGGCUAUACUUCAGGAGAAGAAUUUCGCCUGGUAAGUGAGGUGUCGGAGUAACGCCCCCCCCCCCCCGGGCAGUCGAAAUCACAAAAUUAUCUCCCAAUACGUUUUUAAUUUUACAGGCAAACCGUUUUAACUAGCCAAUUUUAUCACUAGCCAAAACAGACGUUAACCAUUGAUCACGUUGUCAACCGAGAUUAAAUCAAUAUUGUUUUGAUCUGUUAUCAUGGGGCCCCUAAAAGGCAUGGGGGGGCCCCUCUCCCAUAGGCCAUUGCGAAUUCUUGGCCUUUUUGUAAUCUGAAAACAACCGCAUGGGACCUUAACCCCUUUCUCCUCCUCAUUCGCCUUCCUUUUUUGCAUUUCAGAAUGUCAACAGCUGAUCAAAUGGUGCCUUUCGCUGAGGCCUUCGGACCGGCCGACCCUCGACCAGAUCUUUGACCACCCCUGGAUGCACAAGUCGGACGUCGCCAAGUCAGAGGAUUGCGACAUCCGGCUACGGACCAUUGACACGGAUGUUUCCAGCACAAGUUCGAGCAACGAGAGCCUGUGAAAUUGCUGAGGACCUUGCAGCGGGAGGGGCGGAGCCACGAGAGGGGCGGGGCGGGAGGGGAGGAGACCAGAGUGCUGCUACUGCUGCUGCCAUAUGUAGGAGGGGCUAGGGGGGGGGAAAUUGCAUUCAUUAUCCUGUAGUCUGAAUCUUUGUCGGAGGGACUUGAUUUUUUUAUUCCCCCCCCCCCUUUUUGCCGGUUUCUGCUUUGGAACGAGAAAUUUCCUUUGGAAACGCUGUUGUUUGGGAGUUUGUGGGGCCAGUACUUAGUCAAAGACUGCCCCCUUUUAAUUUUUUUUCCUUAAGGCAAAAGCAGUGACCUCUUUAAAAUAACACGGUGAAAACCUUUUUGCUCUCAUAGAGCCUGGACUAUAUUUUAUUUGCUUUUUUGAGUGCCUUUUUGAAAGCUGCUUCAGUGGGACUUUCUUUUUUGAGCUGUGUAUGUCCAAAGAGGACCCCGCGCAUGAUAGGAUCCUGUUCCCUCGAGCCCCGCUGCAAAAGGUGCUUGCGGAGAGCAACUUCUAUGAUGCCCUGGGAAAACAUGUUCAGUGAUUGAAUGAAGUAGUCCCGUCCUCUGGCGAUGGAAUACUUGAACACAGACAUUUCACUCCUUCCCGGUCCCCUGUCCCCCGCGCCCCACGCUUUUCCCCAUUCCCCCGACUCCCCCCUCCAAGACGACCUCUGCUGCUCCCCACUCUGUUUCCAAUAGGCUGCACAUGUUCUCAGCUGUUUUAUCAGGAACACUCACUCAAAACUUCAUUUCAUCAUCUCUUCCACUGGGCACAAACACACACAAAAAGGCCCCUUCUCAACUCCCCCCAACCUGCAAGUCUUAAAAAAAAAAAAAAAUGUAUGUAUGGGCAUGUUAAAUGCACAAUCAAUGCAAUAUUCAAGGACUUUGUGUGUGUGUUUUUUUUCCAUACCUGUAUAAUGUGUUUCUGUAAAUUUUUGUUCCUCCUCCCUCCUCCCCAUGUAUUAUACAGUUUUAUUUAUUGUCUGGAGUUUAGAAGACCUCUCACAGUCUCAAUCUGUGACUAUAUUUAUUUUAGCUAAUUUAUUUGUGUAGAAUUAUUCCAACACUGUGCUUUUUAUCUCUCUUGCUCCUGUGACAGGAGUGGUUGGUCCACAACUAGUUUUUUGCAUUCCUCUCUUGUCUCUUUCUCCAUUUUUUGUGUGUUUUUUUGUUUCAAGAAGAAGAAGAAGAAGAAUUAAAAAGUCUGACCAUACCUGUUUUUUGGGUUUUUUGUUUUUUUUCAUUUCGGGUUGGAAGAUGGAAAAUUGUACAAAGUCUAAUUUAAGGGAACUAGAGUGACUUUAAAAGUUAGUCAGUAUGCCUUUUUGUCUGGUAUUAUUUACAUACCAGAACUGUAAAGUAAUGCUGUUUGGAAGGGUUUUAAAUUAUUGACAUUAUACAGUCUUUGUGCAUUGGCUCUGGAAGGAAGCGUGGCAGAGUCAUAAACCUUAAUUUAUUUUAAUAGCCGUGUGUUCUGUGAUCUGGUUGCAUUUAUGCAGCUUGGAUAUGAAUUUUCUCUCUCUCUCUUCUGUUUAACAGUGUGAAAUGUAUGGAGAUCAUAUUUUUUUAUACAGGUAUUUCAAUUAAACUUUUUUGUAGAUAA